UUACACAACCAUGUCUUUCAUUAAUAAGCCUCAUGUUAUAUUGUUGUUCAUUAUCUCUUCUACUUUUAUUCUUUUUGUACCUGCGUUAGAUUUGUCAAAUGUUCCAGCGGAAUCACCAACUUCGGACGAGGACGGCUUCUUACCUCUAGCUGGAAAACAUGUUGUAAUCUGCAACAAAGUUAAAAACAGAGAAACUUUGAAUGUACAUUGCAGAUCUAGUGAAGAUGAUUUGGGAUUAAUCCAUAUUCCUUGGAAUCAUACUUGGGGUUUUAGAUUUCAUGUUAACAUUUGGAAAUCUACAAAAUUUCAUUGUCAUUUUACAUGGCUCGGAGGAGGAUCUCAUUAUUUUACUAUAUUUAAAGUAUCGAGAGACGAUAGUAUAAUUGGAUAUAAUGUUUGUAAAGAAUGUAUUUGGGAGGUGGGAAGAAACGAUGAAAACCCUAUUUGUCGUGUUUCUCGCGAUAAAUCAAUACUUCCCCACUGUUUCCAAUGGGAAGAGGGUCCUUAAGAAAAAAAAACAACUUAUUGUUAUCACUGCAUCUUAUCUAAUAAA